AUGCAAGAGCUCCCAGCAGACAGGGCCUGCAACACGAUUACUGGUUAUACCAAUCCUCAGUCCUGGCCACCUCCACAGGAGCAGGUGGUGAUCGAGUGGAUACAUAAAAGCCCAGACAUAGGAAUUAGUCGAGAUGACACGCCCGCUUCCUCCUCUGGGGGCGGGCGGCUUGGUGUCCGGCACUCGGGCCCCGGCUCUGCGGCCAGCGCGCGGCCUCCGGACGCGCGGCCUGUUCGCAGCCCGGCGCGGGGACGCGCGCUGCCCUGGAACGCGGGCUACGCCGAGAUCAUCAAUGCAGAGAAAUCUGAGUUCAAUGAGGAUCAGGCCGCCUGUGGACAGCUGAGCAUCCGGCGAUCUGAAUUUGGCACUGCCGAGGAUGAGGAGUGGCUAACACUAUGCCCAGAGGAGUUCCUGACAGGUCAUUACUGGGCCCUGUUUGAUGGGCACGGUGGCCCUACAGCAGCCAUUGUGGCUGCCAACACGCUGCACUCCUGUCUGCGUCGGCAGCUGGAGGCUGUGGUGGAGGGUGUGGCGGCACCCCUGCCCCCCAUGAACCUCAGCGGCUACUGCGUCUGCCUCAAUGACCCCCAGUUUGUGGAGGAAAAGGGCAUCCGGGCAGAAGAUGUGGUGAUCGGGGCCCUAGAGAACGCCUUCCAGGAAUGUGAUGAAGUGAUUGGGCGGGAGCUGGAGGCCUCAGGCCAAGGGGGCGGCUGCACUGCCCUGGUAGCGGUGUCCCUGCAGGGAAAGCUGUAUGUGGCCAAUGCUGGGGAUAGCAGGGCCAUCUUGGUCCGGAGAGAUGAGGUCCGGCCAUUGAGCUCCGAGUUCACCCCUGAGACUGAGCGGCAGCGGCUCCAGCAGUUGGCAUUCAUGUACCCUGAGCUCCUGGCUGAUGAGUUCACCCGACUUGAAUUCCCUCGACGGCUGAAGGGGAAUGACUUGGGGCAGAAAGUUUUGUUCAGGGACCACCACAUGAUCGGCUGGAGCUACAAGCAUGUGGAGAAGUCUGAUCUCAAGUACCCACUGAUCCAUGGACAGGGUAGGCAGGCUCGGCUACUGGGAACGCUGGCUGUCUCCCGGGGCCUGGGAGAUCAUCAGCUCCGAGUCUUGGACACGAACAUCCAACUCAAGCCCUUCUUGCUCUCUGUCCCACAGGUGACCGUGCUGGAUAUGGACCAGCUGGAACCACAAGAGGAGGAUGUGGUUGUCAUGGCGACUGAUGGGCUCUGGGAUGUCCUUUCCAAUGACCAGGUGGCGCGGCUGGUUCGAAGCUUCCUACCCGGGAAUAAGGAGGACCCACACAGGUUCUCGGAACUGGCCCAGAUGCUGAUCCAGAGCACGCAGGGGAUGGAGGACAGCUCUGGAGAAGGGCAGGUGUCCUACGAUGAUGUCUCUGUGUUCGUGAUCCCCUUGCACAGUAGGGGAAACACUGGCCAGUGA